ACUUGUGCGUUGAAAAAAUACAACAAUGAAUUUUAAAUAUUUAAUUAUAUUUUUAUAUACGUUUGAUCAUAUAAGUACAGAAAUGGAAAAAUCAAUUAUUGAAAACAAUGGUCUUCUUGGUCGACUUUAUCAGCAGAUAAAUUUUGAUUAUCAUGAAGUUACCAGGUCUACAAUAGAAAAAUACUUUAGUGACCAAAAAAUACGCAACAUUUGGAAAAUUAGGGAUUGGGAAGCCGAAAAGAUAAUUGAUUCCGUAUGGAGUAUACAUAUGAACGAAUUUGAAUUUACAGCAUUAGUAAAAUCAGUAUUUACUGCUGAACAACUCAACUACAUUUAUGAUGAGGCCAUUCUUCAUUGUGAAGAAAUAAUGAAAUUCUUUGGUUUUUACGUGUAUACAAAACGCAAGAUUGACAAGCAAGCAAUUAAAGAAUACUUAUUUGAUCACUCGCAUGGACUAACUCAAAAGGAAAUCGAAAAGCUAACUGAACAUUUGCCUCUUGGUAACAUGACGAAAGAGACAUUUAUAAAACAUAUGAUUUUUGGAAAUCAUUUUCUACAAUACCCAAAUGAGACGCUGAUGGACCAUUGCAGAUGCUAGUUUUUUAUAGAUCACUUUAAGCUAUACCGACUAUUCUUAAAAACUGCUGACUUACCCAACCGAAGGAUAUUACAUUUUCUAUAAAAUGUAUAAUUUUACUUUAAUUGUAAUAUUAUAGCAUUAUAAAUUUAUUUUUAUAUGAAUAUUUCAGGUCUAAAAACGAAUACAACAUACUAUUGUCAAAAAUUGUAACUGUUGAAUGUAUUUCAUUUAUGGCUUUUUAAAUACUGUUAGCUUAGAUUUUUAAAUUUAUGUAUUAACUCUAGCAAUUCUAAAGGGUGUGUG